AUGCGACAGCCUAAAAUCCCCCCGACUCCGAGCGGAACGAGUGUGGCGGGAAAAACGGUGCUCAUCACGGGCGCGAACACCGGUAUAGGGUUUGAAUCCGCACGUCAAUUUCUUCUUCUCCAGGCGUCGCGAGUGAUCAUCACUGCUCGUGAUGCAUCCAAGGGCAAAGCUGCCGUUGAAUCGCUGCGUCAGGACCCAGAGGUCAUUCGGACCAACCCAUCGGCGAUGAUUGAAACUUUGCUGUUGGAUCUAGAUGACUAUCAAUCCGGGGUGAGCUUCACUCGGACGGUGAGGGAGAGAGUCUCUGAGCUGGACAUCCUGCUAUUCAACGGAGGAAUGAACAUAAUGGAGUACCAAACCAGCAAGACUGGACACGAGCGGGUCAUGCAAGUGAACUGCUAUACCCACUUCCUCAUCGCCCUGGAACUUCUCCCCCUGCUCCAAGCCACAGCCACAAAACGAGGCACCCCAUCGCGACUGACGUUUGUCGGCUCCAGCACUCAAUUCUACCACUCACUGGCCAAAGCCCCCAUCGGAUCCUCCGAUUCUGCGUUGGAAUACUGGGAUGACGGCAGCAGGUUCCACAGCAUGCAUCGAUACAUGGACAGCAAACUCGUCGUCAACGCAUUCGUCCGCCACCUGGCAACUGUGGUUCCCAGCUCCGAAGUCGUCAUCAAUAACUUCUGCCCGGGGAUGGUGGUUACAGACCUUAAUAAGCACUUGCCGUCAUGGCUCAAACCGCUGCAUUCGGCUGUGCAAUGGUUUCUGGCGAGAAGCCUUCAGGACGCUGGGCGCACGGCAAUCCAUGCCACUGCAGUGACCGGGGAAGAGACGCAUGGCGAGUUCUUGGACAGUAAUAGGAUCAAGGCUGGACCACCAUUUCUGGCAGAGAAGAAAGGCGAAGAGCUUAUAGCAAAGUUGUGGAGUGAGAUGCUUGAGGAGGUGAAGCGAGAGGAUCCGGAUUUUAAGGCUGUUUUCUGA